AUGGGGUCAACGAUUCACGGCCUCGACGAGGACAUCGCCAUCAUUGGCAUGGCCUGCCGCUUCCCCGGCGACGCCACGAGUCCCUCGAAAUUAUGGGAUCUGCUGAUGGACGGCAAGUCGGCCUGGUCCGAAGUCCCGGCAUCGAGAUGGAAUCAGGACGCACACUACCAUCCGUCGCAGGAGCGCGCGGGGAGCAAUACCGUAAAGGGCGGGCAUUUCCUACGCGACGGCGAGCAGAACGGCAAGCAGUUCGACGCCGCCUUCUUCAACAUCACCCGCAGAGAGACAGAAACAAUGGAUCUCCAGCAGCGGAUAGUCAUGGAAAAUGUUUACGAGGCAAUGGAGAGCGCCGGCCUCCGACUCGAAGACGUGAAAGGAAGCAAAACCAGCGUGUUCGCGGCCGUCUUCACUGACGACGUGCGUUCCAUCCUGCAAGAAGACCCAGACUUGUCUGUCAAGUAUAAGCCAAUCGGCACCAGCGCGGCCAUCCUCGCGGCACGGGUAAGCUGGUUCUACGAUCUGAGAGGCAGCAGCUUCACUCUGGACACGGCCUGCUCAGGCAGCAUCGUGGCGUUGCACACAGGAGCCCAGGACCUGCGCGCCGGGCUCAGCGAUAUGUCUAUAAUCACCGGAGUCAACAUAAUCGAGUCCCCCGAGUUUAUGUUCCGCGCCAGCGGCCUCGGCAUGGUGUCACCCGAUGGCAAAUGCUAUUCGCUCGACGCGCGCGCCAACGGCUACGGCCGCGGCGAGGGGGUGGGCACGCUGAUCCUCAAGCCCGUGUCGGCGGCCAUUCGCGAUGGCAACGUGAUCCGCGCCGUGCUGCGCGGCACGGGUGUCAACUCGGACGGCCGCGGCACCGGCGGCAUCACGCUGCCCAACAAAGCGGCCCAGGAGUGCCUCAUACGCGACGUUUACGCCCGCAACAACCUCGACCCAGACCACACCGGCUUCCUCGAGGGCCACUUCACAGGCACACCGGCCGGCGACCCGAUCGAGGCCAGCGCCAUCGCCGCCGUCUUCCGGCGUGCCGGACCCGGACCGAGGGCAGCCGAGAGGCCGUCGCUGUACGUGGGUGCUGUCAAGGCGAACAUUGGCCACGUCGAGGCGGCGUCCGGCAUGGCCCAGGUCAUCAAGACGGUCUUGGCGCUGGAAAACGGGACGAUACCGCCCAACACCAACUUUGAAAAGAUCAACCCCAGGAUACCCAUCGACAGAUGGGGCCUCAAGCUGCCCCUGGUUCCGACACCGUUCGAGGCAGGGCCCUCGGGGGUCCGGAGGGCGAGUAUCAACAGUUUUGGCUUUGGCGGCACCAACGCCCACGUGGUGCUGGACGAUGCGAAGAGCUAUCUAGACAAGUUGGGUCUGGGUGAGAGGCGCGACUUACAUGCAACAAAAUCGGGAACACUGGCGGCACUCGAAAGCCCCAGCAAGGAUAAGACCUCGUCGCAGCAGGCGGCGUCAGUAGCUAGCCACAAGGUCUUUUUCUUCUCCGCCAACGAUCAAGAAGGCAUCUCGCGGGUUGUCGCCGGCCUCGCGGAGCACUUGCAGAAGAAGCAGGCCGGAGACGGAGAGAACGGAACAUGCCAGAUGGACGACGCAUAUCUCUCCAGGCUCGCCAUGACCCUUUCGGAGCGGCGCUCACGCCUGGCCUGGCGCCUCGCCGUCACCGCCGACUCGGCCACGUCCCUCCUUGCCGCGCUUACCGAUCCUACCACCAUCACCACCAACGCUGUCCGUCCCGGCAAAGCCAGCACGCCUGCCGCGGCCUUCAUCUUCACCGGCCAAGGCGCACAGUGGUUUGCCAUGGGCCGCGAGCUUCUUGCCUUCGACGUCUUCAGGGCGAGCGUCGCCGAGGCCGACAGGUUCAUCACAGGCACGCUCGGCAGCGGAUUCAGCGUGCUGGAGGAGCUCACGCAGCGCAGCGCCGAGACAACCAAGGUCGACCAGCCCUUGUACUCGCAGACGCUCUGCACCGUGCUACAGGUCGCCUUGGUUGAUCUGCUGGGCAGUUGGAACCUGGCGCCCAAGCGCGUGGUUGGGCACUCGAGCGGCGAGAUUGGGGCCGCGUACGCCGCGGGUGCUCUGGAUCGCGAGUCGGCAUGGAAGGUCGCCUACUACCGUGGCGUCGUCAGCGCCAGGCCCGCGGCCGACAACACGCGGGGCGCGAUGAUGGCCGUCGGAUGCACCGCCGAAGAGGUGGCCCCGCUCAUCGCUCAGGUCAAUGAGAAACUCGGCGCCGACGGGGAGCUGGUCAUCGCCUGCUACAACUCGCCCCGCAGCCUCACGAUCUCCGGAGACGAAGCCAAGGUGGACGCCCUGGUGGAAGCCGCGAGCGGCAUGAAGCUAUUCGCGCGCAAGCUGCGCGUGGCCAAGGCGUACCACUCGCGCCACAUGGUUCCCGUGGCCGACGAGUACCGGUCGCUGAUGGGCACGCUCCGGGCUGCUCCUGCUCCUGCGGUUGGCCGGAUGCCGUCGUCGUCCGGCGUGCAGGUCGUGUCCUCAGUCACAGGAGGUCUGAUAGCGGCGAGCGACAUGACCAACGCCGACUACUGGGUGCAGAACCUCGUAUCUCCGGUGCGAUUCUCGCAGGCGCUCGUGGCCUUGUGCACUUCCAACGUCGCCAAAAAGCAGCUCAAGGUCGGCGGCGGCGCCGAGCUCCCUGUGUCACAUCUCGUCGAGAUCGGCCCUCACGGCGCGCUGCAGGCGGCUGCCCGUGACGCCGUCCUCAACGACCCGAACCACAAGGCCCUGCGAUAUGUGUCCAUCUUGACCCGCGGAAAGCACGCGUGCGCCACUACGCUGCACGCAGUUGGCACGCUGGCCGCGGCAGGCCUCCCGAUCGACCUGGCCAAGGUCAACAAUAACGGCGGCGGAAGCGAGGCCAUGCUGGUGGAUUUGCCCCCUUACCCUUUCCUUCACUCGAAAGAGACGCAUUCUUGGUUGGAAUCACGUACCAGCCGCGCGUGGCGGUUCCGCAAGCAUGCCCGGCACGAUAUCCUCGGGGCUCCCGUUCGGGAUUGGGACCCGGACGCCCCGAGGUGGCGCAACCACCUCCGCGUGUCGGAGGUCCCGUGGCUCCGGGAUCACAAGGUCACGGACAGCAUCAUCGUGGCCGGCGUGACGUACCUGGUGAUGGCGAUCGAAGCCGUGCGCCAACUGUACAGCGACAAGGGCGAGGUGCCGCUCGGCUUCAACCUGCGCGACGUGAGCAUCUCCCGGGCGCUGCAGGUCAGCGAGGACGAGCACACCGAGACCAUGUUCUCCAUGAAGCGCGUCUCCGAGUCGCGCCAGUCAGACAGCAGCUUAUGGUGGGAGUGGAAGGUCACGUCCUUCAGCGCCCACGAUGACACUUGGCUGGAGCACAGCCGCGGGCAGAUCGCCGCCGAGACCGUCGCCGAGACCGCCACGGGCGAGGUUGACGGCGGCCGUGAGGCAAGGGAACGCCAACGCCACUACGGCGAGCUGCUGUCUACCGUGACGCAGGCCUGCGCCGUGUCGCAGACGGAACUGCUCCCGAGCCGGUACGCCGAGCUCGAGCGCAUCGGUCUCGGGUUCGGGCCCCUGUUCCGCAACGUUGCCAGCAUGCACUCGAACUCCAACAACGACAACAAGACGAGCGGCCAGUCGCUUGCCACCGUUCGCAUCCCGGACAUUGCCACGGCAAUGCCGAGCCAUGCGCUCGCCGCUUCGGUGAUCCACCCGCCCGUUUUCGACAGCAUCCUGCAUUCCUUCAUCUUCGCCCUCCAAGCCUCCGCGGAACGGCUGACGGAGCCCAUGGUGCCGAUCGCGAUGCGCAGCGUGUGGGUCAGCGCCGACAUCGAGUCCCGGACCGGCGCUGAGCUCAUUGUACACGCCGCGGCCAGCCGCGUCGGCCACAAGAAGGCCGAGGCCGACAUCACGGCUUGGAGCACCGACCUCGACGCCGAGAGGCCGGUCAGGGUUGUGAUGCGCGGCAUCGAGGCCGUGCCUUUGCAGCACAGCACGACAGCGGGAGACGCGGCCAGCAACAGGCGUGAAAUCUGCUUCAACCUCGACUGGAAGCCGGACAUUGACAUUCUGGAGGCCAACGGCGAGGCCGAGGCUUGCAUACGCAAAAUUUUGCAGCCUUUGGAGACGUCGGCGCUCGAGGAGAGCGCCGUCAAACAGCUCGGAGACGUACAGCUGGCCUGCGCCAUCUGCAUCACCGAGGCCGUCAGGGACCUUGAGGCGCGGCCGCUCGCGGACGAAAAGGCGCUGCCUGAACACUUGAAGAAAUAUCUAGGCUGGCUGCGCCUGAUCGCUGAUGAUUACAAGAACAACAAGGUACUCCGCCAGGUGGCCUCGUGGCCGGCUAUUGUGGAAGACGCCGCGGCACGCAACAAGUUCCUUGCCGAGUAUGAGGCAUCAGGCCAUCCCGAGGCGUCCAUGAUUUGUCGAAUGGGGCGCAACAUUGCACCCAUUCUCCGCGGCGAGGUGGACGGACUGCACCUUUUGUUCGGCAUGGAUGAUCUGCUCGAGCGCGUUUACCGGGUCGCGAUAGGAACUCAGAAGAUCCACGCUCUGAUGGGAGAGUAUGCCAGGACGCUGAGCCACAAGCGCGGCGCAGAUCUCAAGGUACUAGAAAUCGGUGCCGGCACCGGCGGGACGACGACCAGCAUCCUCGAGGCCAUCUGCCCGACGGGCACCCGCAUCAUCGGAGACUCCCGGUUGCUCAAAUACACGUAUACAGAUAUCAGCCCGAGCUUCUUCGAGAGUGCCGCAACCAAGUUCAGCAAGUGGAAGGCUGGCGGCGUCAUCGAGUUCAAGACGCUGGACAUUGACAGAGACGUCGAGGAGCAGGGUUUCGAUCUGGCCUCUUACGACCUGAUCAUCGCGGCCAACUGUCUCCAUGCGACCUCGGACAUCACAAAGACCAUGACCCGCGUCAACAGCCUUUUGAAACCGAAGGGCAAACUCUUCCUCCAGGAAACGACUGAGCUGCAGUGUCUCGAGUCUCCUCUGGUGUUCGGCAUGCUUGCAGGCUGGUGGGCUGCCACGGAGGACUUCCGCCCCUGGGGUCCGCUGUUGGACGGAAAGGGGUGGGAGCGGGUGCUGCGCGAUGCUGGCUUUUCCGAGACCGUCUUAGAGCUCAAGGACUCAGAGAAGGAUGAGCUCCACGUGCAGAGCAUGGUUGUGGCAACGCGUCCGCCGGACGAUGAGGCCACCAGCAAGCAACAGCUCGACGAGGACGAUGUUCUCCGCCGGGUGUUUGUGAUUGCGCACGCGGCGCCCGAGGAUGUGUCCCUGGCUACGUCUGUUGCCUCGGCCGUGUCACAGGUGACCAAGCUCGACGUGAGCGUUGUUCGUUUCGCCGACCUGGCCCAGCACGAGCUGGCCAACACAUGCUGUAUCGUGACGAUGGAGGCCACCGCGCCCUUCCUCUCGUCGUCUUUCAGCGAGGCCGAAUUUGCGCUGCUGCGCGACUUACUGACCAAGGCUGGGGGCCUACUAUGGCUCACUCUCAACCCACACGAGAACCCGCACAUGGCCAUGAUACCAGGCCUUCUCCGUACGGUGCGCUGGGAGAGAGACCUGGACGGCUCGGACCUGUUGCUUAUGCACCUGCCCUCUUCCGAGGCCUCGCUCGUUGCCUCCAAUGUAGUCAAGGUCUUCAAACAUCAUUUCGGCGGACCUUUCAUGUCACCGGAUCGCCAUGCCGACUACCUUGUCAGCCCAGAUGGUGGCUUCGUUCAGACGGCCCGCAUCAUCGCCGCUCCUCCCGUCAACGACUUCAUCGCACAGAGGACGACUGUGCUCCAGCCGAGGCUGGAGGCGUUUGGUGCCGAUCCGAGUCGAAGCCUGAAGCUCCACACGUCUGGGCCGGGAAACCUGGACAAGCUGCAUUUCAUCGACUGGCCGGGCGCGGAGAAGCCUCUCGGUGGCAGCGAGGUCCAGGUAGAUAUCAAGGCAGCGGGCGUGAAUUUCCGCGACGUCAUGGUGGCCAUGGGCGAGCUGGCCAACAACAUUCUCGGCUACGAGGGUGCCGGCGUCGUCACGCAUGUCGGCGCCGAAGUGACGGAUAUCAAGGUCGGCGACCGUGUCAUGGUCGUCUGGAACGGCGAUAACAACUGCCUCCAGACGCGUACGAGGGCGCCCCGGGACCUUGUGGCCAAAAUCCCCGACAGCAUGUCGUUCGAAGAGGCCGCCAGCAUCCCCGUCGUCUUUGUGACGGCCUACUUUUGUCUUUACGAGGUGGCGCGUCUCAAAGCGGGCGAGACCAUUCUCGUUCACGCCGCAGCGGGCGGCACUGGCCAGGCUGUGAUCCAGCUGGCCAAGCAUUUGGGCGCCGAGGUCUAUGCGACCGUAUCGUCGCGCGAGAAGAUGCAGCUGCUGAUGGAUGAGUACGGGCUCGCCGAGGACCACAUCUUCAGCAGCCGUGACUUGUCCUUUGCGAGCGGCAUUAUGCGAAUGACGGAUGGCAAGGGUGUUGACGUGAUUGUCAACUCCCUCUCGGGCGAGGCGCUGCGUGCCUCCUUUGGCUGUAUCGCCAUGUUCGGGCGGUUCAUCGAGAUUGGUAAACGGGACAUCAUGGCCAACAGCAAGAUCGAUAUGCUCCCCUUCAGCCAAUGUGCCACCUUCACGGCGGUCGACCUCUCCCAGAUAGCCACCUUGGCGCGGCCGCUGACCUCGCGCAUAAUGCGCUCCGUCGUCGACCUGCACGCCGCCGGCAAGCUCCAUGCCUGCAGACCGCUCAACGUGUACAGCUUUGGCAGGAUCGAAGAGGCGUUCCGUAUCCUGCAGCAGGGCAAGCAUAUGGGCAAGGUCAUCCUCGCCGCGCAUCCCGAGGACCUCGUCAAGGUCGUCCCUAAGCCGCCUGCGCCGACGCGCCUGAGGCCCGACGCAACCUACCUGCUGCCCGGCGGCGCGGGCGGGCUUGGGCGAUCCAUCGCCAAGUGGAUGGCCGCGCCGGCGCAGGGGGCCAAGAACCUGGUGUUCCUCUCGCGCGGCGGCGCCGAGGCCGCGACGACGCGCCAGCUGCUCGCCGAGCUGGCUGACAUGGGCGUGCGUGCGACGGCGCUCAAGUGCAACGUGGCCGAUGAAUCACAGCUGGUUGCGGCGCUGGCGGAGCUGACACGGCUGGGCUUCCCCCGCGUCGCCGGCGUGAUCCAGGGGGCGAUGCAGCUCCGCGACUCGGCGUUCGAGUUCAUGUCGCACGCGCAGUGGGAAGAGUGCCUGGGCCCCAAGGUGCAAGGCACGUGGAACCUUCACAAGCAUCUGCCCGCGGACAUGGACUUCUUUGUCAUGCUGGGCAGCGUGGCAGGGCUUGUUGGCAACCGCGGCCAGUCCAACUAUGCGGCGGGCAACACGUUCCAGGAUGCGCUUGCGAUAUACCGGCGCUCCAAGGGGUUGGCGGCGACUUGCAUCGAUCUGUGCAACGUCAUGAGCGUAGGCUUCGUCGCCGAGAACCAGGAGACGCUGAACAAGAACCCGCUCUUCUUCUUUGCGCACGACGGGAUUCGCGAGGACGAAUUCCUCAGUCUGGUUGAGUUCCACCUCGACGCAGACCGGGCGGGGCGCAAGGCCGAGCCCCAGAUCGGCGUGGGCCUAGCACCGCUGUCCGUGUUCAAGGAGCGCGGGCUGCCAGAGCCGACGUUCAUCAAGUCGCCACUGUUCCGACAGCUGCGGUCGGCGAGCGGCGAGUCGGGGGCCACAGCGGACGGCGCAUCGGAUCAGGACGGGGCAGUGUCGGUGACGCUUGCUCUCAAGUCUGCCCAAGGCCCGGAGGAGGCAGCGGAAAUCAUCUGCGACGCGCUGGUCAAGAGGAUCAGCCGCACGAUGCGGAUCCCAGAGCCUGAUAUCGAUGUUGGCAAGCCGGUUCACGUCUACGGCGUGGACUCGCUGGUGGCCAUGGAGAUUCGUAACUACCUAGCCAGCGAGUGCGGGUCUUCGGUUUCCGUCUUGGAGAUCAUGGGCAACAAGAGCAUGGAGGUUUUGAGUGGCGAAAUAGCCAAAGGAAGCAAAAGUUAG